AGCUGCUGCUUCGGCUCUACUGAUCCUUUGCUCCCGAUUGUUGAAAGUGGACCCCGAAGGAGAAGGCAGAGCAAAGAAGUUACCUCCAAGCAGUCCCAAAGGCCCAGAAGCAAACCUGGAGGUGAGAGCUGAAGAAAGGAGGAGCCAUGAUGACCUUGUGCUCUGUGAGGCAGACUCAGUUAUUAGAAAGGAGGAAGAUGGGAGUCUCCAGAUCUGCCGUGUGUGUGGGGACAAGGCCACUGGUUAUCACUUCAAUGUCAUGACGUGUGAAGGCUGCAAGGGCUUUUUCAGGAGGACCGUGAAACGCAAUGCCCGGCUGAGGUGCCCCUUCAGGAAGGGCGCCUGCGAGAUCACCCUCAAGACCCGGCGACAGUGCCAAGCCUGUCGCCUGCGCAAGUGCCUGGAGAGCGGCAUGAAGAAGGAGAGUGAGCAGCGGGCACCCUGGGCUGGUGGCGUGGGGGUGGGUGGGAAAACCUUUGACACCACCUUCUCCCAUUUCAAGAACUUCCGGCUGCCGGAGGUACUCAGCAGUGGCCAUGAGAUUCCACAGUCUUUGCAGGCCCUGUCAGGGGAAGAAGCUGCCAAAUGGCACCAGAUCAAAGAUGAUCUGUGCCCUGUGAAGCUCUCUCUGCAGCUGAGGGGGGAGGACGGCAGCAUCUGGAACUACAAACCCCCAGCUGACAGUGGUGGCAAGGAGAUCUUUUCCCUGCUGCCCCACAUGGCUGACAUGUCCACCUACAUGUUCAAAGGCAUCAUCAACUUUGCCAAAGUCAUCUCCUACUUCAGGGACUUGCCUAUCGAAGACCAGAUCUCUCUGCUGAAAGGGGCAACCUUUGAGCUGUGCCAGCUGAGGUUCAAUACAGUGUUCAAUGCGGAGACAGGGACCUGGGAGUGCGGCCGGCUGUCCUACUGCUUGGAAGACGCUGCAGGUGGCUUCCAGCAGCUUCUUCUGGAGCCCAUGCUGAAAUUCCACUACAUGCUGAAGAAGCUGCAGCUAUGUGAGGAGGAGUAUGUGCUCAUGCAGGCCAUCUCCCUUUUCUCCCCAGACCGCCCAGGCGUGGUGCAGCGUAGAGUGGUGGAUCAGCUGCAGGAGCAGUUCGCCAUCACCCUGAAGGCCUACAUUGAGUGCUGUCGGCCCCAGCCGGCCCACCGGUUCCUGUUCCUGAAGAUCAUGGCUAUGCUCACUGAGCUCCGCAGCAUCAACGCCCAGCACACCCAGCGGCUACUGCGCAUCCAAGACAUACACCCCUUUGCCACCCCGCUCAUGCAGGAGCUGUUCAGCAUCACAGAUGGCUGAGCACCUCUUGGGUGAACCUCCUGGGGCUGCCAGACACAGAGCCCUCUGAGUGGCCACUGCUGGGCCUAGACAGAUGGACACUGCUGAUAGCCAGCAAUGACCAGCCUGCCUCUCCAGGGAACUCACUGCUAUGACCACAGCUGGCUAGUGUUCCUCAGGAAGAGGACAUGGGUCCUCCCAGCCCUCAGUUCAGUCUGUGGAGAGUGUACUGGCCUGUAGGUCAGGCUCAUCUGUGAAAGGCAAGGCUGCCCUCCCCUUAGCAAAGGCCCUGGGGUCUGGGGAGAAAUCCCCAGAUCUCAGUAAAGUGUCAUGAUGGGGGAAAAAAGGGGCAGGUGGUGCUGGGCCGUCUGAAAGUCUACAACUGUUGGGGGUGUCCAGCCUGUGGCCUGUGGGCCACAUGUGGAUUAUUUGAGGCCUGUUUUGUUUAUCUGAGGUGUCAGAUAUAGCAAAAAUUAUGCAUGUACCUUUUUAAAAAUUUCAUUUGCUCAUCAGCUUUCGUUAGUGGUUGUGUAUUUAAUGUGUGACCCAAGACAACUCUUCUUCCAAUGUGCAACUGAAAAAAAAAAAAAAGGUUUGACAGGCCUGGACCCAAGUUCCUUAGCUUCUUUGCUGCUCCCUCUAAUACUCUGGUCUCCUGCUUCCCACGCUUUCCCAGGCUGCAGCCUCCUAUUCUGAGCUGUUUGGCGGGUUCCAGGCCUGUGCUCAUCAGCAGGUAUAUUAGUAUUUGCAUUUUCUAGAGAAAAGCCAGGUGGCCUGCAUCAGAUAUCCUGGGCACAUUUUGAGCAUGUCAUUCUGUGUGUCUGCAUCCAUUCAAACACAUUAUUAAACACCAAUAAUGUCAGCUUGCUGUGGAGUAUACAAUGCUGACUCACAUAUAGAGCCUAACCUCAAAGAGUUCAUAGUUAAAAAAGCAAAGCAGAAACACAAACAACUUGGAUCAAAAGGAAGCACCAAGAGUGACAGAAACAGCUCAAGGAAUUUUUUUGUGUGGACACUGAGCUCUGCUGGGGUUCUGUGGACAUCUGGGCCACAAAUAUAAGUGUCUAGGGCCUGAGUUUGUGAAGGGCAUGGCCAUGGGUGCACAUGUGUGACCUGUUCUGGGUAGAUCUGCUUCUCAUCAGAUGAGACCUGGAUUUCUUACUGAGGCUGCAGUGCGGGGAAGGCUAUGUUGACAGUUAAUAAACAUACUAGUACAGAACCAUUUUCAGCACCUUGUAGUCCUCUGUACACAUCUAUUCUCAAAGCCAAAGAGUGUGAAAGUGUCUGUCUUAUUUAGAGCCAUUUGUGAAUAAAAAUGUUUUUGCAUUUUUCA